GGGGCGGAUGGAGCUUAGCGCAGCCCGCGCUUCCGGAUCCGGUGGCUCCGGGCUCCGCCCGCGCCGCCGCUCUCCGCCAUGCCAUGUCCGCGCUGAGCUGGAAACCCUUCGUGUACGGCGGGCUCGCCUCUAUCGUGGCCGAGUUCGGCACGUUCCCUGUGGACCUCACCAAGACGCGCCUGCAGGUGCAGGGCCAGAGCGCCGAUGCGCGGUUCCGCGAGGUCCGGUACCGGGGCAUGUUCCACGCCCUCUUCCGCAUCUGCCGGGAGGAGGGCGGCCGCGCUCUCUACUCAGGGAUCGCCCCUGCCCUGCUAAGACAGGCAUCCUAUGGCACCAUAAAGAUCGGCAUCUACCAGAGCUUGAAGCGGCUCUUUGUGGAUCGCAUGGAAGGCCUGGGGCAGACAGUGGCCUGGUCUCCUCUGGGAAUUGCAGUGAUGAAACGUUGCUGAUCAAUGUCAUCUGUGGGGUGGUUUCAGGGGUGAUCUCCUCUGCGCUUGCCAACCCGACAGAUGUGCUAAAGAUCCGAAUGCAGGCUCAAGGCAGUUUAUUCCAGGGGGGCAUGAUUGGCAGCUUCAUUGACAUCUACCAGCAGGAGGGUACCCGAGGCCUCUGGAGGGGUGUUGUCCCAACAGCUCAGAGAGCUGCCAUUGUGGUCGGCGUGGAGCUGCCGGUCUACGACAUCACCAAGAAGCACUUAAUCCUGUCGGGGCUGAUGGGUGACACCAUCUUUGCCCACUUCGUUUCCAGUUUCACCUGUGGGCUGGCUGGCGCCAUCGCCUCCAACCCCGUGGACGUGGUGCGGACACGGAUGAUGAACCAGCGGGCGAUCGUGGGCAACACAGAGCUCUAUAAGGGCACCCUGGAUGGGCUGGUGAAGACAUGGAAGAGCGAGGGCUUCUUUGCACUCUACAAAGGUUUCUGGCCCAACUGGCUUCGGCUUGGUCCCUGGAACAUCAUUUUUUUUAUCACAUACGAGCAGCUGAAGCGGCUUCCAUUCUGACAGCUGGCUUCAGCCCCCUGAGUCCUCUCCAGGACGUGCAGCAGAGCUUCGCUGUAGCCUUCCUUCAUCUCACCAUCCCGUGUCUUGCUGUGUUGGUAAUUGUGGGUCUGGGCCCUCACCUCCCCAAGUGCACGGUCCCUGGAGCAUGCUCUGGCUGAGGAGUACCUGGGAGGCUGGAGGCGGGUGCUGUGUGAGUCUUCGUGUCAGGGCAAGCGUUAAGGGUGUCUGAGCGGGCUUGAGCGGUAUCUUCUGUGAAGAUCUGGGUGCUCCCGUGGCCUUUGGGUGCUGCCGUGGGGGGUGGUUUGGCUCCUGUGUGCUGCUCGGCCGUGGUGGAGCCUGGCUGGGCGGGUGCUGGUGUGUGUCCUACCUGGAACCUCAUUAAAUUAUUUAUUGACUGGUGGCUGAGCCUGUAUUUGGGUGGGUUUGCUGCAGGGACCCAGGGCGCCUGCUCCGGCCGCCCCAGGAGGGAGCAGCAGCUAUUGCUAAUGUUCAGCACACUCCAUGGAUCUUUCUUCUCCAAAUUGAUGUAUGUAAAAGCAAUCGAGGGUUCAUUACAAUAGAAAUGUUUCUGAGCCAAUUGUUAGUGAUGAAACCAAGUUGCAAAACCUCAGUCUCUUACUGCUUACUUUGGGUUUGCUUUUAUCAUCUUUAAAGCAGGUUAAAUGUGAUUUCAAGCUGAAUUCAGACAUCCCACUACUUUAAGAUGGUGGCUCUAAUGUUGCUAGGGCUGAGCAGAACAUCAAGCAAGAUACUUUGGUCUCUUGAUGUGUAUGGUUGUGAAAGCCAACAGCUCUUGUGGUCCUACUCCCUGUCCUCGUUGUGGGGUGGCUUCAGUUUGGAUGAAGGUCCGUGGUGAAUUUCCUCCAUGCAAACUGCACAAGGGAUGCUCAGACAAAGCCAGCCUGGACAGUGAGAACUGUGCUGUGAAGGUGUCGCUGCCUUGUGCCAGCACAUGCAUGAGGAAGGGCACUCCAAGAAGCUCCUGGACUUGGGUCAUGCCCUGAGCAGAGGCGGUACCCCAGGGCUGUGGCUCAGCAGGCUGUGAGGACUCUCCUCACAGUUAAACUGCACUUGCAAGCUGUCAAAAAUGGGGAGCAGUGGAUUCGGAGUGGACAAGGUACAUACACCUCGCCUGGCCUCCCUCAUGGAGAGGGUUUCUAAACCUAACAAAGUAAAUCAGUACUGAUGUGGUGGAUAAAUACAA